UGAGCCACUCCAAGGUUCAAACCGCCGUCAAAAUGGUCCAUACCGAUCGCUGCGGGGCGACGAGAAGAUGAGAAAGGGUUCCACUCCGUCACAUCCGCCGCCGCCGACGCCGCCCCUUCUUCUGGAUCAUGAACACCACCAUUCGAGCCGUCCUAGCUGGUCACCGCGCCUCUUCUUUCUUUCCGAACUCCGUCUCCUUUUUCCAUUCCACCCCCGUCUUGGAGCGCAAGAGGAAGAACCGGCACGCUCGAUUCAAUUACUAUGCAAAACAGAAGAGAAAUAUGGAAUCUAAAAGGAAAUUAGUUUCCAAUCUCUCAAAGUACGCUGACCACCUUACUCAGAGGUGGAGAGCUGAGGAUGAGGAAUCAUUUCAUGAAAUACCCUGGUUUAGAAGACACUUCUGGGCCAGAGAAGCUAGGAAGAAUAGCUUUCGUGAAGCUCACUGGAGAUCUUAUAGGAAUAAGAGGAAUGGAGCAUUUGAAAUUUGUCCAAGUGAUGAUGAUGACAUUGAAACCAUAUUUGGCUUUGCAUUUGGAGGGGCACAGUUCUCUAAUUCGUCAUUUAAUAAUUCUGAACAUUUUCAGCAGAGUUCUUCUGGCAGUACUUGCCAUAACAGCUCUAGGAAUUGGACAUAUGAAACAGAGGAUGAAACUGAUGCUGAUGCUUCCGUUCAACAAAGUUUUGCUGGUGAAAGAUUGGCUCUUGGGUUAAAGGCAACUGGACCUCUAAAGUUAAAAGAAGUUAAAAAUGCAUAUAGAAGUUGUGCUCUAAAAUGGCAUCCAGAUCGACACCAAGGGUCAUCAAAGAUAGCAGCAGAGGAGAAAUUCAAAUGCUGCUCUGCUGCAUACCAAACGCUAUGUGACAAGUUAGCUAUGAGGUAAUGGGAGGGCAGAGAUCAUGAUAACCAUGGCGAUUCCUCAUCCUUGUACUAUUCAACAAUUUUUCUGCAGUAUCAGCCAAAGCAGUUCAGAUGCAGGCGAAGUGAUUCCUCUACAUUUGAUGAAUUAUUUAUGGAACAACAAUAAUAUUUUAGCCAUAGUUUUUGAAUUGUUUGAUCAGUUCCUUGUUUCAUCCAAGAGGGAAAAAAAUAGAAAUCUUUUCUUGAAAGUCCAUUUUCGUGUUUCAAGUGCAGGGGAUCCAUUUUUUCUGAAGAGUCAAACUCAUCAUUCAAUCUAACCAUAUCAAUGAGAUAGAGAUUAACUAUUCUCAUAUGGGUUGAUGAGUCAGUCUGAACCUGUAUUUUCAGAGCAUACUGUCGAUAAAAUAAUUUGGAUCGCUUUACUCCUUUUUAUUCUA